AAUUACUCCAACAUCAUCCACAUUUGACUUCUUAUUACCACCGUCAAACAAACGAGGUUAGCCUACAUAAUGCACGGAGAUAAUCGAAAGAUUUAUAUUUUAAGCAUAUUUAUACAUUCAUCCAUGGAGGAGUACGAACAACUGGCUCACUACAUAUUGAUAUUGGAUAUUGGAUUAAGUGUUAAGAGAGCGGGAGGAUUGGAAUUUGUUAGGCGUUUUCACUGUGAUCGUCAAGAUCUUCGAGCUCAUGACUACCAUGUUUAACCAGAUAGUAUUUAAUUCGUUUGAACAACAGUGAUCUAUAUUUUGAUACAACUGUAUUCAUAGAUUCAAAAGACUCCAUUAUCUUUGUCCUGUUAACGAAAACGGACUUCGAAUUAUACGAUCGUAAACAUAGGGAUAAUUAACUUUAAGUACAAACGUUAGUAUGAUCCGUUUGUUCUCAGCAAUCCCCAAUAUUGGGAUAAAAUAAUAGAAGCAAAUAUGACGAAAUCGCACCACAUUUACAGCCUCGAGCGAAUAACCAAAAUUAAGCUAGAGGAUGUAUGGAUUUAAGAUACGAUUGUGGUUAGUAUGUUGCUGAAACUCGUGACUUCUAUUGAAUUCCGUGUUUUGGAAGUAUUGAGUCUUGGGCUAGGAAUUAUGGUCUAGUUAAAAUGCAGCACUGUAAUUUAAAUCCAAAAUCUUCUGUAUUUGGUGCUAACAAUGAUUUCAAGACUAAUAACCAGUUUUUGACGUUUUUAUGUGUCUUGGAGCUCUCAAAAAGCCGCAUUUUGUCUGUCCUUGGUUGAUUAAUCUCAAGGCUUUUCUAAAUUUUCUUAGAGUCCUUGGCAAAAUAUAGUUUUUCCGCUACACCAUUCAAACGGUAUAAUUAAUCUUUAAACAUUGUGUUGCAGAUAUUUAAGGUUGUGGUUUUUAUCAUGAACUGACGUCAUUUAUAAUGCUCAAAUGCUAUCUAAUCAUGUGGAUGAAUGAAUUUUACGUCAAAAUCCAAGUUUUGUUAUCCUAGAUCUAGUUGGUUCAUCCACAAAUCAUAAUCUUGCCGCCAUUCUCUUUGAAGAACAAACUACGAGUGAAUGGGACCACUCUCAAAGCCUUUGAUCUAAAGGUGUCAUCCACAAAACAGUGGGGGCAAAGUCAGGAGAUUCAGUUUCAUAAUAGCCGCUAACCAAUAAUUGGUUCAUACACCAUUUGUCCCCUCAGGAUUCUAAAGCCCGUUUGCACGGUUGGUUUGGAAUCAGGGUUUACCUACUUUCCCUGGGUGAAUCCUCCAUAUCUACCUGCUCGGUUAAGGUGCCGGACAUUCUCCUUUGGUCCUUUCACGUUUGAGACAACACCCCCACCACGAGAAGGCAGUGAGUAGGACUUCCCUGUCAGUGGCUGUUUACGCGUUAUUAUGUGAAAGCAUUUCGAGAUGGAGAGAUGACUCUCCCACCCUCGACCGUAUUCGGGGGCACUAUUAAUACAAUGUAGGUUUUGCGUGUAUCCUAAGUAGUUCAUUAACAGCGUACCUUUUUCUUACAUGACAAUAACUUGUUAUUAUAAUAAUGAGUUUCAACACAGUAUUUUAAAGAGCGAUCUAUUUGUAUAUAGUUUUAGGUAUUCUUGUCACACAGAUAAUUAAUUCUAGUUGUCUUGACAGACUGCAACUUCAAACAAGAUGGAUGUACGAUUAUCGCUUAUGAACUUCAGCGAAAAGUUUUAUGGGAAGUUAUUGGAAGAAAACAAGAGUAAGAUAGUCUUCCAUAGUACACUGGUUAGUAUGCUUAGACAAACUGGAGAAUACUUUCCUCUCUCCUUUCAAUAUCUAUACUACCCUCGGAAUGGUUCUGUCUGGAAGUGCAUUGAACACAAAGGCUGAGAUAAUGAAAACAAUGCAAUUAUCUGAAUGCUUAGAACAUGAUAAAGUUCAUAGCGGAAUAAGUGAACUUCUCAAUAACUGUUCAGAACGUGGUGGUGUUAACAUUAUCCUUAGCAGUGGACUUUUCGUUGAACGUGAUGUUAGUAUCAAGCAGCAAUUCGAAAUUUAUUUGAAGACUUACUAUAAUGCACUGAUAGAACAUAUGACAUUUCAGACGGACAUAGAAUGUGCUCGUAAACGAAUAAACAAGUGGGUUAGUGAACAAACCAACGGAAAGAUACAACAACUCCUCUCACCUGGGUCCCUAAAAGAAGACACACGGGUUGUAGUGUUAGCUACUACAUAUUUCAAAGGUUUAUGGAAAUCGGCUUUUCCUGUGCGCAACUCUCACGUUGAUAAGUUUUUUCGUCUAGACAGGUCAAAAAUAGACGUAAGGUUUAUGUAUAUUAAUUCCUCAUUCGGCAUGGUCAGCCUGCCACAUUUGAAGUCACGAGCUAUCAAGAUACCUUUCAAGAGUCCUAAGUAAGUGCAAGUAUUUUGAAACCUUUUUAAAAUACUUAUUUUUAUUUUAUUUUAGUGAACAAAGUUUUAGGUUUGUUCACGAGAAUCCUCAUGCUAUUCUUUCAAGUACUGAAUUAUGAGAUUUUACUACUCAAGAAGAUAUGCUUCUUUCCAAAUCACUGUAAGUAAGUGAGCUUAUGCAGCCAUUAGAUCUGUAAGACAAAGAUGCUGAGAAGUUUCAUAGUCCUCAUGAUCGAAAAUUCGAAAACGUUUGACAACUAUUACAAAUGCUCAGUAAUUUUCAACUAAAUAGUUUACUUCAACGUAUAAUUUAAUUCAAUCGUAAUUUUGUCUAAACUGCGAAUGGAGUAGAAAAAUCUCUAGUAAAUAAUAUCGAUAUUUAAAGUCUCUGACUUAAUGUAGAAUAGAUGGGUUGUGGCUGGCAGUGAAGUCCAGGACGCAAUGAUCGCCUUGUUUUAGACUAUAUCAUCUAAAUCUACCUGCAUUUUGAACCUGAUGUUCGUUAUGGGGGCCGAGCUCAGCACCGUAUAUUUCAAGCACCACCUCAUCAUCCAGUUAGCUACUGAGUCCAGAUAACCCACAUCACUUCACGGACCGUUAAUUUUUGACAUCUGGGAGUUAUGGGCUUUGUCGUUGUGAUCAACUAUUUAGCUGGGAAACUUCAAUAAUGUAUCCUCAAAGUAAAUAGGCUUUGUCUCAUUUGGUUAGGCGUAAUCCCUCUUUGAAUUUAUAAAACGCUGCUGUAUACGUUUUAUGUACGAUUAAAUUUCAGUAAAUAUUCUUGUGUUUUUCCUGUGUACUAUUUAAAUUUGGAUUAUUUUUAAUUUGGUUAUUUGUUCUCUGAAGAAUUGGCUUACACUGAGUCACGAAACUUCAGCAAAUCUAAUUUUUCCACUCAUUGAGAUAUUAUAAAUAUAUUAUUUAUUUAUAGCAGUCUACCAGAUGCUAAAUUUAUUCGAAAUUAUCAAGUCAAACCUUGGUAAUGAUGCCUAUAAUCUAUCUCUAAGUUAAUCUUUAUAUCGAUAUAUCCAAUCUUUGCAUGCCGAAAAUUCUAAUAAUGCAGAAUGGUUACAUAAAUUGUAAAAUUCGAGCCUGCUCCCAUAUGGUUUUGCUUGCACAUAAAAAUUUUGACAAUCAAUUAUUAAAAUCUUAAAAAUACUAUCAGGAAGUAUAAGAUUUAUUUACAAGAUCUAAUAGGUGAAUAGUAUCCCAAUCAAACGAAGUAAUCAUUUCAAUUUAAGAAGCAACGACGUCUCAAAAUGUAAAGUGGAUUACUAGGUGUAUACACAACUAGCAAAGAUGAUAGAAUAACUAACAUUUAUCGAAACUCUGUAUAUUUACGAAGUAAUUCUUCUUAAGUAGAUCUUCCGGUUAAAACUGACCGAUACUAACAUGAUACAAAUUUUGUGCGAAAUCAGAUAACUGGUUAUAAUUAAGCCGUGAACACAAUCAACUGGCUCUAGCCAAACCUAGAGGUCAUCGAGACACUUGGACGCCUAUAAUUUUUACCUGGUUUUUAUGUUUGCUGUUACUCAAUAUUUUGAACAAUUACAUGUUAGGGUUUUCGUGAAAUGUCCUUUUGAUGUGUGUCCACGGAUCCUUUUUAUUUAAAACCAGAUGAAAAACUAUGGAGAAAAUGAAGAACUAAGCAACACGAUUUGUGUACUUGUUUUCAUCAAACAAUUCCUUAGCCUCAUUAUAGAUGAUUGUAUAGUACUAAGUUCGGUGACUAUCAAUAGUGAAAGCAACCAUCUAUGCCAUUUCUUGAAACUUCACCGCUAACACGAGAUUCUUUCCAUCCUCUCUAUAGUCAGCUUAGCAGUCUUGCUUUCAUUAAUCUUUAAAAGUGACAGAAUAUAAUAUUUCCUCUUGACAGAUAUCAUCUGGUUUUCUUGACAACAAUCUGCUGGAUACUUUUAAGUAAAAUAUUUGAGGAACAUGUUAUCAAUUAGUGUCAUAUAAAUAUUGCACUUCAGAAGUCUUAAGAAAAUAAUCCGCGGACUGGAGAAUUUUCUACAUCGCUUAAUGAAUCAAUCAAACUUUAGCUUUGUAGAAUGAUCCACACUAUUGAAAAGGAGGCCAAAAGUUAUAUAUUAUAGAAACCUAAAGAGGUCGAUUAGUCUUGGUUAAGGGACUUAAAAUUUGUUUGCGAAAUGACUUUGAUCUUUUUGCUAAAAUGUUGAAUACUUAAAUUAUUCACUUUUAUGUGUAAAUAUCUAUGGUACUAGAAAGACAACGGUGUGCAGUUUUAGUUACUUCACGUCAUUGUGUAAAUAGUUGUGAAUGUUUACUUUCUAAUACUUUAGUUGAAAUCAUCGCGACAAUAAUUCAGAUUGAACUGUUAAUGUGUCAUUACAACAAACAGCAGACAUACAUAUCUUAUACGGUUUGAAAAGACUUACAAUAUGUUAUGCAAAAGUUGAAGACAGCUGUGCAAUGACUUGAUAAAAAAUUUGUUAUGACUGCGAAAAAUUGCUACUUAUUACAGUGUAACAAAAUUGAUUAUACAUCUAUCCAAAAAGCUGGCAAGACUAAAAAUGAGGAUUCAUUGACACCACAAAGUAAACCCACAAAAGAUAUGUUCACUGAUUCAAAAACCAUGUCGAAAAUAUAAUGACAUCUAUAUUUCACUUGUCUGGUCGGCAUUAAAAUUACCCUAAUAUUCUGUUUUGUAUUAUCCCUUUUCCAACCAAUUCUUGUUAUAGAUUCUCAUUAUUGGUUGUUCUUCCAAACACAAAUGACGGAUUACCUGAUUUACUGAAAUCAUUGUGUAAAGACAAAGGAAUUUCAUCAAUUCUUUCUUCUAACUUUACGGAUACCAGUAUACACUUGUACUUACCGAAGUUCAAACUGAAGGAAGGCAGUGCUAUAAGCCUUGUAGACUAUCUACAGAAAAUGGGAAUGAGAGAGGCUUUUUGUCCAGGAUCAGCUAACUUUACAAACAUGUCUGAAUCAAGUAAUUUUUGUAUAGGAGAUAUACUUCAUAAGGCUAUUCUUGAAGUGGAUGAGCGAGGUGCAGUGGCAGCUGCAGCCACUUCUGUAGAAUUUAUUAAUCUUUCUUUAUGUGAAUCUGAAGAACCUGAAGUGGAAUUCCGUGUUGAUCAUCCAUUCUUUAUUUCAAUUAUAUGGAACAAUACUGUGCCAGUAUUUCUUGGACAUGUAGUAGCUCCAACGGAGUAGUAGCCUAAGUAGUAUAUUCAAUAAUUAAAAAUAUUUUACUGAUCAAAUCAGUGUUUAAAUACUUUCUUAAUUUUAUCUAAUCAUUUAUUCGGGAUCUUUAUACUUUUAAUAUUAAACAGUUCUAAUGAGCAGUUGCUUAUAAUUUCAUGGACAUGAUAUGUUUUUUUUUUCAAUGACCCCUUUGAUUGUUGUCACUUAGAUGUCGUUGAUCAAGGUAACUACAAAUGUUUUGUUAUUUCGUCAUACAGAAUUUAUUAAAUUUCAUUUUCAUUAAUUUCUUGUCGAUUGUGAAAAAUAUAAGUCGACUACAUUAAGGAAUUCCAUUUGCUGACUAACUCAACUUUUGAAGAUUUAUGCAUAAACUUUUGAAACAUAUUUAAGUGUGAAGACAAGUGAUACUACAUAGUUGUUUAAGCACAAGUAGACUUAGUGGGGUUGGAACAUGCAAGUUUGUAGUUGAGACUGGAACACCUCAAGCCACUGAGACACUGAUCCAUGGAAUAAGGAUUAGACUGCAUCAUCUAUUAUAAGUCCAAUUAUUUAGUUGAUGAAAUUUCGGAAGUUGAAGAACUGUGUGUUAUUAUAGUCGUUAGCAAUGUCAACUCAAGGUGAUAGCCUUGGUUAAGUUCAUGAUGGAGUCGAGAAAAUCCCAUGUUGAACAGUUACAAGUAGCUAUUGAUAGCUCAAUGAUCACCAUUGUAUUUUAACUGAUACUUAAGCUGCACAUUAUCUCAGGCCUUCUCCAUCAAAGCUGUUAUGUGAGUGAGUCGAAACUGUCUGAGAAUAUUCUCUGUAUAUGCAAAUCAAUUGUGAAAAUUAUUGACUUGAUAAGUUUUUGAGCAAACAUAUUGAAUGUUGCAUCUUACCAAAAAUCUCUGCAUUUAUUCGACAUAUCUACAAGUUUAACCUGUUUGAUUUGUCAGCUUUUCGCUACAUUUAAACCUUUGAUCAUACUAGAGUGAAAUUUCGUACCGGUCUUCAGGAUGUCAUACACUGUUGAACCACUGUUGUUCAGGUACUGUGAAAUAGAAUUGGGGAGAUGUAUGAAAGAGGUAGAGAUUGAUAGAGCAUGUAACAAGUGGACUGUCUAACGUCAGUCCAGUUAUUUAUAUAAAUGAAUCUAGUAUAAAAUCCUAUUUAAAAACAAUGAAAUUUAACAUUUUAUUGAUGAAAUUUCGAAAGUUUAAGAACUGUGUGUUAUUAUAGUCUUCAUACAAAAUUGAAAAGUGACAGGGUGAGGAUCAGGCUAUGGUUGUCGGCAAAGUUUCUCUUUGGGAUCAUGAAUCGACUGAUGUCUGAUCACUAAUGAAAACCUAGAAUCACUGAACGGCCGUUUCAUCCUAUUGCGAGACCCUUCAGCAGUGUGCGCCUGCGAUCUCUUUCGCCAACGCUUAACCUCUAAAACCACUGAGUCGUCACCUAACAGUGUUAAUGUCCAACCUCAACAAAUCCACGAAACAGCCAUUCAGUGCUUUCAGGUUUAAAUGUUGGUCUAACAUCAAUCGAUUCGUGAUCUCAAUCAAAAAAUUAAUAAUCUCCACAACCUCAUACUGAUAGUUUUCAAUGUGAAAUGUUUAAACAAGAUAUUCUCAUG